CGCAGGCUGGAGGCAGGAAGUGUGUGGAAGUUUGUUGAUGGAAAAAAGUUCUCAUGGUUAUUUUCAUGCCAGUGUAAAAAGUUACGUUUCUCUGGUUUGGCGACUCUCAGAAGACUGUGCUGAAGCUGUUUGGAGACACCAAAGGGACCAGAACAUCAAGAAUAAUGGGGAGCGAACCAGGCCCAGUUCAGAUUGUCAAUGUCUGUAAGGACGAUCACUCUUUCACCUUGGAGAUCAAUGCUUUGAGUCAGAUCCUGCUGAACCCCAAGGUCCGAGACAAACGUGUUGUGGUGGUGUCAGUGGCCGGAGCCUUCAGGAAGGGGAAGAGCUUUGUGCUCGACUUCAUGCUUCGAUACAUGCACAGACAGGACGAGGAGAAAUGGAUGGGUAACGAUGACGAGCCUCUGACCGGGUUUUCUUGGAGAGGAGGGUCAGAACCGGAAACAUCAGGCAUCCAGCUGUGGAGCGAAGUUUUCCUUGUCCAAAAGAGCGAUGGUGAAGAGGUGGCUGUGGUGUUGAUGGACACUCAGGGAGCGUUUGACGACCAGUCCACUGUGAAGGACUGUGCCACCAUCUUUGCCCUCAGCACUAUGACCAGCUCCAUACAGCUCUACAAUCUCUCACAGAACAUCCAGGAGGACGACCUGCAGCAGUUGCAGCUGUUCACAGAGUAUGGUCGUCUCGCCAUGGAUGAGAUCUUUCAGAAGCCCUUUCAGUCUUUGAUGUUUCUGAUCAGGGACUGGAGCUUUCCCUACGAGUACAGCUACGGGUUCAAAGGCGGGAAUCAAUUCCUGGAUAAACGGUUACAGGUUAAGGAGGCUCAACACGAGGAGCUGCAAACAGUCAGGGAGCACAUUCGUUCAUGCUUCACCAGCAUAUCCUGCUUCCUCUUACCUCACCCUGGUUUAAAAGUUGCCACCAGUCCUGCCUUUAAGGGACAGCUCUGCGAUGUUGGUCCUGAGUUCAGAGACCAGCUGAAGAUUUUGAUUCCCAAACUGCUGCAUCCAGACCGUCUGGUGGAGAAAGAAAUAAAUGGAAACAAAGUCACAUGCAGCGGCCUGCUCGAGUUUUUCAAGGUUUAUAUCAAGAUUUAUCAGGGAGAAGACCUACCGCAGCCAAAGACUAUGCUCAUGGCCACAGCAGAGGCCAAUAACUUGGCAGCUGUGGCGUCAGCCAAAGACCAGUAUUACAGGAACAUGGAGAAGGUGUGUGGAGGAGACCUGCCUUAUGUUUCUCCAGAUUCCCUGGAAGAGAAACAUCAGUUUUUCUUCCGGGAGGCUCUUCACGUCUUUGCAUCCACCAAGAAGAUGGGCGGGCAGGAGUUUUGUAACCGUUACCAGGUGAAACUGGAAAAGGAGCUAUUGGAAAUGUGGGAGUCAUACCUGAAGCACAACGAGUCCAAAAACCUCUUCAGCGCCUUCCGGACUCCUGCUGUGCUCUUUGUCCUGGUGUGCCUCCUCUACGUGCUCUCUGGUUUGCUUCUUUUUAUCGGCCUGUCCACCUUCGCCAUGUUUUGCGACUGCACUCUUGGUGCGGUCAUGGUGGCCAUGCUGACGUGGGCCUUUAUCCGCUACUCGGGUCGGUACCGAAAUGUGGGAGGAGCCAUCGACCAGGCUGCCGGCGUCGUUCUGGAGCAGGCCACUGUGAUGCUGAACAAGUCGAGAGGGACGAGCAUGGUGGAGCACAAGAAAACCCGUUAAAAGACCUCCACACUCUCUUCAUAAUGCAAAGCAAACGGCGCCCACAGCAAACACACAGUCAGCACCCAAAGCCUUAUCAUGCCACCCAAACUCAACAACACUGACACGGGGUAGCGAGAUGAUGCCACUUCACCAGCAUCUCUAUUAUGCACAAUAUUCUGCCUGUUAACGGUUCUGUUAUUCUCUAAGGCAGGGACGUAAACUGUAUUUUAUGUCUUAAAUUGACACUGCCAUCACUUUACAAGUUUACAAUUGGUCUUAAUAGACAAGUCAAAGUUUACCUUAAACCUAAAAACACUUUUAUUUUCUACUUCAAGCUUAAUGCAUCUUCGUUGGCCGUAUGUUGCUAAGACAGGGUUUCUGCAGUGUAUCUUGAAAUAGUUUCCUAAAAUGCUAGCUUUAAAGCGUAUACAUUUAUUCAGGUUCCUGUGAGGUUUUCUUUGUUUUCACUCAUUGACUUUAAAACAUUCCAGCUUGUUUGUAGAUUGGCUUCAUAUUUUAACAUGAACUAGCAUUUCUUGGGAGGCUUUGAGGGGAGAGUAAACAGUUUUUUGCUCUACACAGCACAGCAUGGAGGCUGUAUGUAAUGGGAGAUUCACUUGUUUGUUCUUUUAUGGAAAUAUGCUAUACUUUGUUGAUCUGAGUACUAAAUAAUAGACCACAUGGAAAAAAAAAAAAUAUAUAUAUAUAUAUACACAUAUAUAUAUAUAUAUAUAUAUAUAUACACACACACACUCAUACACUCCAUAAAAAAUUCCAAACGAAAGACAGUAUUAGAAUGCUGAUAACUGUUGAUUGACCAAAUAAACUGCUUUCAUUAUGUUGUGAGCGCUAAUGUAAAAUUUUAAUCAUGUCAAAAAUCAGUGAGUUUAAGCGAUAAUACAGUCCACAGCAUAAACAAGAUAAUUCUGUCUCUUUAAAGACAUUUAAACAUGCUAGUAAUUUAAUUGGAGACAUACGUGAAACUAAUGGCAAGCAAAAUGUAUGAAUAGAACAAGAAAGCAGGAGAAAUGAGCAGAAAACUGUAGCACAGCUGUCAUCCUGAAUUUUUGUACAAGUGUUUCAUUUUUCCGAGGGCUGCAACACUUAGACGGAUUAUUAUCAUGUAACAUAUGAUAUUGUUAGUCAUGCUUUCCCCUCAAAUGAUCUUGUGAUGUUUUAAGUGACGGGUAAUGGUCUAUACUGUCAGCAGAGAAAUAACAUUGUGACACCCCACCCUAUUCAAAAGCCCCACUGGUAAAAUAGCUGUAAGUUAAAUUAAUGUUUAAACUGCUUCACAUUAAUUUGUUCUAUAAAAAGACUGUUUAAAUAUUUGUUAAGCUGUGUGAGGUAAAACUUGGAGUUACCUGGCUCCCAGUUCAGCUCAAAACUACCAUUUCAUAUGACUGACUUUUACUGCGAAAGAAAAAUAAUCAAUAUGGGCUUGAUUCUUACAUUCUUGUUUGCAUGCAGCAAGUUAAACAUUUAAUCUUUAGCAAAUCAGCAAGUUGUACUGAGAAAUAAAAAGCUGGACCACUCAGUGGAUUUAUUAUAUUUUAGUUUGUCUUUGUGGGGCCAAGCAGGGGCUGCUCCAGCCAGCUCAGAGUAAAUCAGGUAGUGGAUUAAAGGACGAUGAUUAUUUGUAGCUAUGCCCUACAUCUCUAAAUAUGAUAACGUGCAUGAUAACAUGAAGAUGGCUCCUGUAACUAUGCAGCAGUAUGCACUUUAAUAACUAUUCCAAAAAAAAAAAAUCUCCAAAAAGCUGUACAGUGAUGCUUUAUUCUCACAGUGAUACCAUAUUACUCUUAAUGAUACAAAUCCACAUAGUAAAGGGCCAAACAUUUCCAAAUUGAAUAUGAUAUUGAAUAUUUGUGAUUUUUGACCAUCAUUUUGCACUUUCCAUUUCUGUCUCUUUCCACAAGAGGAGGGAACUGUUUAAAUUGUUUUUAAAAAAGCAGUUAUUAUUGCACUUCCCCUCUUCUUUGGUGCUUUUUGUACACAGCUUGUUCCAAAGGCGAGCAAAUGCAUGCAAGUAGUCCCAGCUAAUGCAGUCAUCUCUUGCAGGUGCAUGGUGGCUUUAACUUGAGAAGUGCUGUUUUAUAAAGAAUAAACAGGAGCCUCAAACUGUU